UUCCGGUAUCGCCCCCUGAGUUUCUGGCUGACUUGGUGCAGUUGUUGCAUUGACAGACAGUCAAAAGAUUGGAAACACGAGUAGCAGCCAGCAGCCGCACAAAUACACCGACACGGAGACACACGGCCCUCCUACAGCCCGGCAUUCACACUACAGCUGGAGGUGUUUUUAACAUACAAUAACAAACUUUAAGCUACUGAUGUCCACCGAGUUUGGACGGUAACCGGCUGGCUGACAUUUAGUAGAUAUCGUCCUGGAUGACGAGGCUGAACUGAACUUUCCCUAUUCUGCACACACGGUGCAACAACAGCGCUGAAAUCCCGACGGGCAGUAAAGUGGUUUCCUCUGGAUCUAACGUCCACGUCCGACGAUAAAACGAUACCAUUAAACAAACGCUUUUGGUGGGAGUGCAUCGGAGCGGUGGCACAGCAGUUGUUGAGUAACACACAAUGUGAACCCAGCGAUGCUCAACUUUGUGGAAAGUUGGGAGAGACGGCGCAUCAAGGGAAUUAUUUACAAAUAGUGAUGUUUUUUAGCAUAGUUUAGCGUCUUAAUCGUGAACCGUAUACUGAUCAAAGUGGAUAACAUAAUGUGCGAAGCGGCCACGGAGGAGCAUGAGAGGGAGAUCUCAGACAUGGAGAGCUCCACGGCGGCGCACAGUGAAGUCAUGCUGGUGGUCAAUCACAGCCGGAUCAAGCCCCCCUUCAGCGUGCUGCUGGCCACCGUGCUGUACUGUGCGGAGUUCAUCACGGCUGCCGUGCUCUGCAGCCGGUACCACAAGACCGAGGACGUGAUCUGGAUGGGCUUCACCCUCACCUUCAUGCUGCUGCCCGCCGUGCUCAUCCAGCUGGCCCUGACGUUCAUCCACAGAGACCUGGGCCGGGACAGGCCGCUCGUGCUGUUCCUGCACCUGCUGCUGCUCGGCCCUGUCAUCAGGUGUUUCAGUCUGCACUCCUGUGUCAGUUGUUUUCAGCUGAGAGACCUGUUUGGCGAACCGUGACUCAUGUAGGCGGUGACUUAAGCUCUUUGAAAUUCAAAUAUACACAUAUUCAUACUCUCUUUCUUCCCCUCUGGACUUUGAUAUGUCUACAGUGAGCUGUUAAGGUGUUGGUCUGAAUAUAAAGUACAAUAAUCGUUAAAUGUAGGGCGU